AUGAAUUGUAUAAGUUGGAACUGCCGUGGUUUGGGGCGACCACGUGCAGUUCUAGAGCUCACCGAACUGGUGAAAAAACACUCGCCUACCAUUGUUUUCCUCAUGGAGACAAGAGCAAAAGAACAGUACCUCAAGAAUUUUUGUAAAAAACUCCAUUUGGAGAAUGUCUUCAUCGUUCCACGAAACAAUACAGGAGGGGGUCUAGCCUUAUAUUGGAAGAAUGGUAUUGACCUCCAUGUUCAGAAUUCUUCACUUACCUAUAUUGAUGCAGUGAUUAACCCAGGAGUGGAUGACGCCUGGCGGUUUACUGGGUUCUACGGUAAUCCAGUAACAGCCAACCGGGAACACUCUUGGGCACUUCUAAAACACCUUUGCCUUCAAUAUAAUCUCCCCUGGAUUUGUGUGGGUGACUUUAAUGAGAUUGUCAAUUCCGAAGAAAAAAUGGGAGGUGUUGCCCGAAGGGAAAGACAAAUGAUAGGGUUCAGGGAGACACUAGAUUUUUGUAGUUUUAGAGAUUUGGGUUAUGUUGGUUCACCCUUCACAUGGUGCAACAAUCAGUUCGAUGGGGAAGUCAUAUGGAUUCGCUUGGAUAGAGCGGUGGCCACCCCUUCAUGGACAACCAUGUUCCCUACGGUUCGGGUUCACCAUAUUGCAGGUACCCUCUCUGAUCAUUCUCCUUUAUGGGUAUGCUCUGACGAUGAAAACUCCAGGUUUUAUAAGAAGUGUUGUCCCUUCCGUUUCGAAGCCAUGUGGAUGAAAGAUGAAAGCUGUGAAGGUGUGAUCACUAUUCAUGGGAGGGGGUUUUUUUGGGAAACCCAAUGGAGAGAUUAG